AUGUCAACUCUAUUAUACUCUCAACAUCCUUCCUCUAAUAACUCAUCUGCCUCAUUUUUGAACAGUGCUCCCGUGGAGAUUUCUACUGUUAAAGGUUACCAAGAUUUCCUAAAUGCCAGAAAGACCCCUACCAACACAAUCUUUAGCGAUGACAAGACUAGUGCGUACGUCUUGGCUAGCGACGUUGUGAUCGCCACUGUCCGUGGUCGUGCCAUGGAACACUUAUUGGCCAUGGCUGGGGAAACCGACUAG